AUUAUGGCCUAGUUGGGUUAGGUUUAGUGAUGGUAGUGUAUUGAAAAUUUUUCGUGAAUGAGAAUGUAUUGAACGGAAGAAGAUAACUUAAUUUCCCGUUAUCGAUACUAGAGAAUUUGGUGAAAACAACAUAAACAGUAAUAAGAUAGGGAGUUCCGUGUACUCUCUGAAAUGUCUCGACAUGAAGGUGUUAGCUGUGAUUCAUGUUUGAAAGAAAACUUCCGUGGCCGGCGCUAUAAGUGCCUCAUUUGCUAUGAUUAUGAUUUGUGUGCAACAUGCUAUGAGGCAGGAGCUACAACUACCCGUCAUACGACGGAACAUCCAAUGCAGUGCAUCCUUACAAGGUCUGAUUUUGAUCUGUAUUAUGGAGGAGAAGCGCUAACAGUGGAACAACCGCAAGCCUUCACAUGUCCUUACUGUGGCAAAAUGGGGUUUACUGAAACAACUUUACAGGAGCACGUCACAUCAGAGCAUUCAGAGACAUCAUUUGAAGUUGUAUGUCCAGUAUGUGCAUCUCUGCCCGGUGGAGACCCAAACUUGGUGACAGAUGACUUUGCGAGUCAUCUUACUUUAGAGCAUCGCAGUGGGCCACGCGACCUGAUAUCCUUCAUCGAUGAAUCAGCUGGAUCUAGACAUGGUGUUCGUAGAAUACCGCAUGCAUCACGGGGAGUGGGUGGACCCCGGCCUAGGCGAUCUAACAUGCAUUUCAGUUCCUCAGGUGGUUUGACGACAUUGUCUCCUUCGAGUCGUGAGAGUGUGGAUCCAAUAACAGAGCUUCUGUCUCAGUUAUCAGGGGUACGAAGAUCUGCAGCUGGUCAGGGUUCUACUCCAUCUCAGCUGCAACAACUUCAGAUGCAGCUUCAGCUUGAGAGACAGCAGGUGAGGGCGGCACGUCAGCAAUUGGAACGUUUGCCCAGGCGUCAGACUCAGACAGUUUCCUCUGCCAACUCAGCAGGUGCUGGGUCUGCGACUACAACUACAGCAGCUGCCACAGGUGCCCACACAGCCGUCCCCCUAGAUGCCAGUUCAAGCCAAGUUGCACAAAGUAAUUCUCAGUUCCUUCUGUCAAGGUGCAUGGACAGCGCUUUAACUGAUCUGGAACUACAGUCUGUAGAGCAGGAGCAUGCAGAUCAUAGCCUGUUUGUUCAGGAGCUAGUGUUGGCCACUUUAACUGAAGGAGCAGCAUCCUUGUUGCUGGAGGUUUUACCCCAGGACUGUGCUUCAGGAAGUAGGAAAGAAUGUGAGGAAAUGGGCUCCCGGGCCAGCCCAGGGAAUGAGAGCAGUAGUAAUGGUAACUCAGGCUCUUCCCGUGCCUCUCCAUCAACUAGCAAUGCAUCUGGGACAGGGUCACAACAGCUGUCAAUCAUGCAGCAGCAACAGCAGAAAGCAACAUCUUUGAUGGUUCCAAAACGAUCUUCAUUGCGCAGCAGUGGAAAUUUGGCUGGAGCAGCAAGUCUGGCAUCAUCACUACCUAGACAACAACAGGUACCUGCUGGAGCAUCGUCUGCCUCAUCCCUGGCAUCCCAGCAACAGCCACCACAACACCAUGACGUUCGUGGAGGAAUUAGGGGCAACUUGGGGGGAGGAAGUGGUGGAAUGUUGACAUCACAGCAACAACAGCAGCAACAGCAGCAGCAGCAGCAGCAGCAACCACCACCGAUACGAGUUCUAACUGGUACUGGCACUAUCCGGGAAGUUGUUCCAUCGACAGCUGUAGUGGGGGGAGGUUAUGGGGGUCGAGGAGGAUCAGUAAGAGGUGGGGCUGGGGCGAGUUCACCGGGUCCUACCCGUAGGAAGCCUGUACGUCCUGUGGAAGGCAGGAACCAAUCUACAGAACCUCCACCCCCUCACUAACACCACGCCCAAAAUUACUUUCUAGUCCCUUCAUUUAGAAGUUAACCCCUCCCCUUAAUUUCCCCUUUAUCCUUCUCAUAUGUUCUUUUUAUGAUUUGCAGUCCUUGUAUAAACCAUCCAAAAGUUGGUGAGACUGAUAAAGGGAGUGGAAAUGUACCUAAAGUUUAAGCUAGAGGGAGGGGAAAAUGAAUUGAUUAAAAGGUUUGUUGGGCAUCUUAAUAGGGAGUGCGCUUCUUCUGUGGGGCAAGGCUUUAUUCUCUUGCCUCGUGAUAGCUUCAUUAUUUAUGCUCGUAUGUCAGACUGCUGGACUCCUGCAAUAAGAAUGAAGUACCAUCUGCGUAGAAUCUGUAUGUGGAAUUUGUACAGGGGAAUUGUAUUGUCAUGUAUGGUUAUGUAUGUAAGAACUAAUUAACCUUUAUGUGUAUUAACUGAUAUAUUUAAUUAGCAUCAGACAUAAUUUGACUGGUAAUAAAAAUGAGAACUGUAGUGUGGUUGAAUAUAUCCUUCAGUCUGACCAACUUUUGUGGCCUCUUGUAAAAUAGCUUGUUAUUUGUGUGCCGUGUGUGUACUUGAAGUUGGUGAGCGAUUUUUCCAGGGUAUGAACUAUGCCAGAGUGAGCUGUAUUGGAAAAUGUUAAGCCAUGUUAUGCAGUUUUUCUUUAUUUCUCAGUAGCAUAUUCUUUUUGAUUGUAUUAUACAAACAGAAAUGUUGAACAGUGUUGGGAUUUUUGCAGGGUGCUCCGCAAAACUAAAAGAUUUUACAUAGAAUGUUAGCAUUCUUUCUACAUGGGGGGAAUUGUUAUGGUAUGUCUUGAAAAAUAUGUAACACCCUUGAUUUGUGAGGGAUGCAAAUUGAUUCUCUCUCUCUCUCUAUCUUCAUAGUAACUGAUUAGUUGUGCACCUUGUGUCCAAAUUUAUCAGUUUCAAGUAAGGUUGGCAAAAGAUUAUUUAAUAAACACAUGUAUUAAACUGCACACCACCUGCUCCUAACUAUAGUUAUAUGCCCCUUACAAAUGUGCUUUAAUUUUGUUUGUAUACAUUGUCUUGAAACAGUGGGCAUUCAAGGUAAAUUAACAUUGUCCUGGUUUUGUUUCAUCAAACAUCAAGUAAUAAAGCAGUAAUAUCAAUGGGAAUGUUUUACUUUAAUUAUGUCAAUGUAUUUUUAAUCUGUAAUGGUAUAAAUGAAUGUGUGAAAACGUU